AUGUCGCUAUUUACUUUUAGAAAAUCAAUAAUUUUAGGUAUUUUUAUAGCCUUAUUAUGUUUGUUUGAUAGAUUUUACUUGCCAAAACUUUAUAUAUUUUCUCCAAAAAAGUUACAAGAACUUUCAGUUCAAGCAAUUAAAAAGCAUCCACAUGAUACUAAAGCUUUAAUGGAUUAUCUUGCAGAAUCCAUUAGGAAAGAAUAUGGGGAUAGUGUUCUUCCUUUAGACCACAGUAAAUGGUUUUUUAAUAAUGCAGGAAAUGCUAUGGGUUCUAUGGUACUGCUUCAUCUAUCUAUAUCUGAAUAUUUGAUUUUUUUUGGUACAGCUGUGGGAACAGAAGGACAUUCUGGGGUUCAUCUUUCUAAUGAUUACUUUACUAUAUUGGUUGGAGAACAAAAGAUAUCUGCUCCUGGUCAACUUAAGCCAACAAUUUAUAAACCAGGAAUGCAAAAUUAUUUACCACGUAUGAGAAGGGUCCAAUAUUCUAUGCCUGGUGAGUGUUGGGCUUUAGAAUUAGCACAAGGAUGGAUACCUUUAAUGUUUCCAUUUGGGUUCAUAGAAACAUUUUUUUCCACACUUGACUUUGGCAAUCUAUGGACUACUCUUUAUUAUGCGUCCAAAGCUAUGUUUAAAAGUUUUAUAAAUGGAAAAUUUUAA